GUAUUUGUUCAAACUAUACGAAAAAUUAGUAAGCAGCCUUGGGAAAAGAUAGUAGUCAGCACACAGUUGAAAAUGCGGAGUAACAUUUAUCCAUAUACAAUAAAGAGGAGAAAAAACGCGAUUUAAACUUCUCUUCUUUUUUUCAACUUAAAAUGACAUCCGUAUCUACAACCGUGGGAUUAUCAUCAGGAUUUGACAAAGCAACUGAUACCCGUUUUAUCGGACAAUGUAACAAUGCGUCUAUUUAUGCCGGUGCGGCAGAUUCUACAUGGUGUGUUGGUGAAGUUCCUAAUGGUGGAUAUGUUGCAUCGAUUAUUCUUGAUAGUGUUUUGAGGUACUUUUCUACAAAAUAUCAACAAGAUCCUAUUGCUAUGAACUGCUUCUUUCUUAAAAAGACUGACAUUGGUCAUUUGAUUGUUGAAAUAACCGAGAUCAAGAUGAGUUCAAAGGGAUACUGUAUCGUUGGAGCAUCAGUUAAGCAAAGGAAAAACCUAAGCCAGUCUUUGAGUAGCAUAGACGAUUAUGAACCAAGCGAAUGGACUGAAAAACUGCAUUCAAUCGUUACCAUGGGGAAUAUGGAUUCAGAAAAAGGUCUUACCAUGUUUACAAACAGUCCUCAGCCUCCCUCAACUGAACAUCUUGUGCCAUUUAAAUACAGAUGGAUGGGUGAACAUGUCAAUGCAAAAUUUGAUGUGCGCAACGCAUCAAAGGAACACUUUAUCGGUAGACCAGAAGUAACUCAACUCAUAGGAUUUUCAGAUGGUAGACCAGUAGAUUCUAAGAGCAUACCUUACUACUGUGACAUGUUUAUUACACCUCCUGCCCUGAUCAGUGAAGAAGUUCAUGGUGGACCUAUUUGGUGCCCUACAAUGCAAAUGGAAGUACAGUUCAAGGCAAAGAUUAAAAAGGAUACAUCACAAAUUUUGGCACAUUUUCUUGCCCCAAAUAUCAUCAACAAUCGAUUUGAUAUUGAUGGACAGAUCUGGGAUGAAGAUGGGACACUAUUAGCGCUUACUAGACAUCAAUGUUUAAUUGUCUCUUGGAGUCGAAAUACAAAGAAUGACACCAGUGGCAAACGUAUAGAUACCACGUCUUCUAAACUUUAAAAUUUUAAUGAACAAGGUUGUCCUUUUAUCAAUAUAUCCACUUUGUUGCAUUUUUUUUUUAUAAUAAAGAGACCUAACAGUUUAAUAGUAAA